AGCAGCAGGGUACCCCAGGGUUUGCGGGCCGCGCGGGGGCGCCCGUGCGCCAUGGUGGACGUGGGCGAUGAGCUCGAGGCCGACCGCCACGUGUCCGGGCAGGCAAGGACUGUCGAUGGGAAUUACGAGGCCUUGAUGGACCCAGAGCGAGCGCAGGAACGAAAGCGCAUGGCAGAUGAGCGCCUGCAUGGCGGCUUCUCCGCGGCGCAGUUCGCCGGGGUGGACUUCGCCGCGCAGCGCGCGCGCCUGUCGCGGGGCCGGGAGGCGCAUGCGCCCGAUCCGAACUCCAUGAAGGGAGACCCGGCCGAGAAGGCUGGGCUGAAGACUAAGGAGGAGUGGGCCAAGGAGAAGACCGUCAUCGACGCACGCAACCAGCGCGCGCUCGAGGCCGAGCUGGGGAAAGACCCGGCGUACCGCAGGCAGCAGGCCCUGAAGAGGGAGGAGGAGCAGGCUGCCAAAGACAAGGACGCCUUCAGGCGGGAGGCGGAAGAGCGAGAGAGGCGCAUGGCCGAGAAGAGGCAGGAAAGCAGGGGGGUGAAGGCGGAGAGCACGGAGUGA